UUAAUGUACGUGCUAUGAAACGUGGCGCGCAUGCGAGCUUGCAAGUGUAAGUGACCUAAAACCUCCAAAUGGCUGCCACUAUCGCCCCAUUGCAGAGUGUGUGUUUCGCGUCUUCCAGACUAUCGAGAUUUCCAGUGUCUUGGAGCUCUUCCUUCUCGCGAUCGAGACGAUUUGCCAGGAGAGUAUCGGCUAUGGCUUCGCAGGAUGUGGAUCUUGAAGUUUUCGGCAAGGCGGCUACUGGGACUGGAAGCCCCAGCAACCAACGGGGAGAUUGUCCAUUCUCUCAGCGAGUUUACAUGGUUCUGGAAGAGAAACAUCUUCCUUACAAGGCAACUUAUGUCGAGGAAGGACCCAACAAGCCUGACUGGUUUAUGCAACACAAUCCCUCUGGCUUGAUGCCGGUUCUCCGUGACGCUGCUGAUUGGAUUCAAGACUCGGACAAGAUCUUUGAGCAUGUGGAGAACAAGUUCAAGGAGCCGUCCCUGAAAACUCCAGACGAGUUCAAGAGCGUCGGGGCUGGCAUCUUUCCAGCGUUCACAAACUGGCUCAAGUCCAAGGACCGAAACGCUCCAGCGAAGCAAGAGUUUAUCAACGAGCUCACAGCUCUCGAGGAGCACUUGAAGAAGCACGGCCCUUACAUCGCUGGAAAGAAUCCCACCGAUUCCGACUUUGCUUUGGCUCCAAAGCUUCGUCACGCUAGAGUGGCUCUUAAGCACUUCAUAGACUUCGUCUUCCCCAGCAAUCUCCAGCAUGUCGCAAAAUACAUCGAGCUCAUGGAAACGAGGCCAAGCUUCAAGAAGACGGAUUCUCCAGACGAGAUGAUCAUCGCGGGCUGGCAGACCAAGUUUGAUCUUCCGGACAAGAUUGACAAGAACUCGGGACAGGAGAAGAAAACAGCCGUCACACCGCUUGUGUAAUUUCAUGGCCAAGUGUCGAUUUUACGUAAUCAACAUAUGGAAUUGUGCCAUGGUUUUGAGUUUU